CAAGUGUCCCGACUGUGCCUGGACAAAACUCACCGCGGCUGCUCAACGCGGACCUGUGAGGACCCGGGAGGCACUUUGCGUUGCCCCUGAACCUCCGUGUGUGAAUAAAACACGUUUCCAGAGCGUUGGACAAUAAAGGAAUAACCGCAUUUUACCUGAAGUUUCCUAUCUUUGAAGUGGACAACAGAUCACAGAGAGAAAAUAAAGGAUGACCUCCUCUGCCGGCGUGCUAUGGCCUCUGAUUUGAGCAGUGCCUCGUAUCGUUGGAGCAGAUCUCAGUAAACACCGGGCUGGUUUGAGCUGUAUGCUGCUGCAGCAGUGAUGAUCAUGUCCCAUAUGAACGGUUAUGUUCAAGACGCCUCUGGUCAGGCCAAGAGCCACAGGGAGAGGGCGGUGGACUGUCCAGGGGACGAAAGCAGCCUUGUCAAAUCUCCACACAGCAGUGCCCACAUGGAGAGGAUUCAGCACUACCAAGAGGAGCUAAGGAAGAAGAGAGAGGAGGACGGCAGGGGGAAGCACGACAUCGACCCCAAUGCCUCACUGAGGCUCAAGAAGCUGUCAGAGAACCCAAAGGUGGGCAUUGACAAUCCCAUCUUCGAGGGGAAGGAGAAGGCCAUCAAAGACACGUGCUCCCAGGAUCCUGUAGCUGAUUUGACAGAGGUUCUGCAGGCCCUGAAGUUGGCAAAGCACUGCCUGUCCGAUUCACAGAGCCAGCAGGAUGUGGAGGUGAUAAUGCAGCUCCUUUCCAAGGAGGACUUCAGAAAUGCCUACGCCAUCUACAGUGCUGUCUCUCAGCAGAUGACCAAAGUCAGUCCAACCUCACCCCUCACAUCACAGGCAGAGGAUCUCUGCCAGGAGGUCCAGAAGAUUCUCCAGUCGAGCCAACAGAAGGAGGGUUUGGAGCUCAAGGCUCUGCUCACCAAUCCUCAUCUCCAGGCACUGAUGCAGGCUCAUGACAGUGUGGCAGGGCAGGAAAUAGCAGAGGAAAACGUGACCCAGUACCUUGGAGAGACCGUUAAACUUGUGCGGCUGGAGAAGGCCCGUGACACUCCACUGGGUGCGACAGUACGUAACGACAUGGACAGUGUGGUGGUGAGUCGUGUAGUGAAAGGUGGAGCAGCAGAGCGGAGCGGCCUUCUCAGUGAGGGAGAUGAGAUCCUGGAAAUCAACGGGAUUUCUAUUCGAGGGAAACACGUCAAUGAAGUCCAUGACUUACUGCAACAAAUGCAAGGCACUCUGACCUUCCUCCUCAUCCCGAGCUCUCAGAUUAAACCUGCCCCUCACAGACAGACUGUGAUGCACGUACGAGCUUACUUCGACUACGACCCCUCUGAUGACCCUUUUGUGCCGUGUCGGGAGCUUGGCCUUUCCUUCCAGAAGGGAGACAUCCUCCACGUCAUAAGCCAGGACGACCCCAACUGGUGGCAGGCCUACAGGGACGGAGAUGAGGACAACCAGCCUCUGGCUGGACUCAUUCCAGGGAAAAGCUUCCAGCAACAGAGAGAGACCUUAAAGAAAACUUUAACGGACAGGAGUCGAGAGCACCAAGGGAAGCUUUGGUAUGCAAAGAAAAGCAAGAAACAGAGGAAGAAGAGCACGUCUACCAUCAGCAGAAAUACUGACUACGAUGACAUCCUGACCUAUGAGGAGAUGUCGCUUUAUCACCAGCCUGCCAAUCGUAAACGCCCCAUCUCUCUGAUUGGCCCGACAAACAGCGGCCACGAUGAGCUGCGUCGGAGGCUGCUGGCCAUUGAACCGGAAAAGUUUGCGGUUGCUGUCCCACACACAACCAGAAACUCAAGGAUACAUGAGCGGAACGGGCGCGAGUAUCAUUUUGUGAGCCGGCCUGCCUUUGAAGCCGACUUGGCAGCAGGGAAGUUCAUCGAGUCGGGGGAGUACGAGAAGAACCUGUACGGCACCAGCACAGACUCCGUCCGACAUGUCAUCAACUCUGGACGCAUCUGUUUGCUUUGCCUCCACACAAGGUCGCUGCGGGUGUUGAGGUCCUCCAACCUCAAGCCAUAUGUCAUCUUCAUCGCUCCUCCUUCUCAGGAACGACUACGCACCCUACUGGCUGCAGAGGGGAAAACACCAAAGCCUGAGGAGCUAAAAGAGGUUAUUGAAAAGGCCCGUGAGAUGGAGCACAACUUCGGCCACUUUUUUGAUGCAACCAUCGUGAACAUGGAUCCAGACCAGGCUUUCCACGAGCUGCGCAGGCUGAUAGACAAGCUGGACACUGAGCCACAGUGGGUGCCCACCUCCUGGCUGUGCUAGAGGUCACAGGGUCUCACCGCAGGGAGCCUCAGGGUAGGAGGAGUAAAACACACAUGAAUGUUCCUGGAGAUUAAAAAAAGGCUGGACAGUGCUGGUUGUCACUGGAUUUUUACUUGCACAUUCUGCUUGUUUAUAGAAGAGGUGAUCUUUACCGCGUGUCGCAGGGAUGGACUCAAGUUUCUUACAUUUCUUUAUGUUGGUUAUGUGUGUCUUUGUGAGUUUUUUUUGUUUGUUUAUUGUUCUCAGUUUUAUGCAAAAUCAUUUAUCAAAGACAUAGAAAUGUUUCUAUCCUAUUCUUAAUAGUUAUUUAUAAAUGUAAAUAUAUAUUUUCUAGACAAAAGGAUAAAAUAUUUUAUUGUUACAUUUUGUUUGUGUGUGAUAAACAAAACAAACACUCGACUGGGAGAGUGUUAUUGUCACUCUAAUGAAAUGGCUUCUUGAUAAAGCAGAAAACCAAAAACUGUUUAGGUACCAAACAGAAGAGAAGCACUGCAGUGUGACGUCUUCCACUCAGAAACACAGAAGAAAAAUCUGCUGUAAGCUGCACAGUUUGAGGUACGUCCUCCACACCAGUGUCAGUAUUUUGCAUUGUCUCAUAUCUCAUUUACGCUGUGAUAUCAGACCUCAGAUCUACAGUAUUGUCUCAACUGGUUAUCAUUACUGUCAGUAUAUCAUGCUACAAAGUACUCCAGAGAUUUUUUUUUUUUUUACCAGUAUUGUAUCACCAAAAACAGCUUAUCGGUUAGUGUUAUUCCAAAAAAAUACAGUAUUGCUUCUUUGCCGGGUAGCUACUUGUUAAAUCAUAAGCACAAUUCUGG